AAUAUUUUUGAUCCAAGAACUUUUAUUAAUGUUUAAAAGCAGAAAUUCUUUGUCCAGAAACAUCCACCUCACCUGUGUGGGCUGGUCACUCACCUGGCUUACUGUCAGUCUUUGCCCCGCCCCCCUGCAGGUGUACUCUCUGCCAGUGUUACCUGCCUGUACCCUCAGACUGUGUUUCAGUGCUCAGGUGUGUGUGUGUGUGAGAGUGUGUGUCUGCCUCCUGCCUGUCGCUCUGACUCGCCGUCCCGCUGCAGAGAUGUCGGAGGACGCAGUCGGCCUCGGUGCUGUGACCGUGCUGGGCGUCCUGGAGCAAGCCUAUUUCUCUCUGCAGGUGAUCUACGCCAGGAGGAAGUACUCAGUGUCUCCGCCCGCCACCACUGGACCGCCAGAGUUUGAGAGGGUCUUCAGAGCUCAAGCCAACUGUUCAGAGUAUUUCCCCAUCUUCAUCACCGUCCUGUGGACGUCUGGAGUCUUCUUCAGCCAAGGUGUGUCUUCAGUCUGUGGGCUGCUCUAUCUGUACGCACGCUUCAGAUACUUUCAUGGAUACUCACAGUCUGCACAGGGACGGCUGGCUCCUCUGUAUCUCAGCGCUAAGGUCCUCUGGGUUCUGAUCGGGUUCUCGUGUCUCGGUGUGUUCCUCGCCUUCUGCAGAGUCUACCUGGACGUGGACCUGCUGCAGGCGCUCGGCUCUGCCCUCAGUGUCGUCUGAAAGGAAACUGUGGUUCUCUGAGGUGUGAACUCUCAGGGGUCAAAGGUCAGACAUCAGGAGGAAAUUCAACUCUUUUUUUAAUUUGUGAUAAUAAAAACAUAUUAAACUCUUCACAGGAGAUGUAUUGUGUUUCUCCUCAAUAAUGAAUAAUAAUGAUAAAUA